GCAGGAGACCAGGAUCUAGGCUGCUUUCCAAUGGAAGAAAAUGAGGAGAAAGCUGAUGUGCAGAAAUAUUUUGACAAAGUCAUCAAUGAAGUCAGCCACAAGUGGGACGACCUGGCCAGGAAGUUAGGGUUCAACGAGAACAACAUAAAAGGAAUCAAGACAGAUCAGCCUGAUCAAGACCACAGGUGCAGAGAAGUGCUGGACAGGUGGAGAAACAGGGAGGGAAGGAAGGCUACUCUACAGGUUCUGAAGCAGGCACUUAUCAACAUUGAUGAACAGGCCACUGCAGAGAGUUUGGAAGGUGCAUAGUGAUGCAUACCGGUUCACUGGACUUGGAUCCGGACUUGUAAGAAUGUUUAGGUUCAAGUCCAAAAAAAACCUAAAAGUCAAGAACC